CAAUCAGAUCAUACAGAGGCGGGACUACAGCAGCGCUGUCGGCAUUAGCGCUGCUGACAACUUCUGUGCUUGAGCUUCUAGUUUUCCUCGUGGAAAUCAAACUUUUAUUGACGAAUACUGGUUAAUCGGCAUUCUCACAUCGCCCUGAGACUGAACAUUUACUGACCGAUUCAUCUCUAUUUGUACGAGGUGCCACGCGGAGUGAGAGGUCCGCCGUGACCGACAGAAAGCCAAGCCAAGGGGUAUCCUUAGCUCCGCAGCUAACCCAGCCUGUUAGAGCCGUUCUCUCCGCGCUGUAUGUGCGGCAAUAAUAUGUCAGCGCCUUUAUCUGCUUCCAUUGUGCCUGCCGCCCGCAAAGCCACUGCAGCGGUGAUAUUCUUGCAUGGGCUCGGUGAUACCGGGCACGGGUGGGCUGAUUCUUUCCAAAGCUUGAAUAUACCACAUGUGAAAUGCAUUUGUCCACAUGCUCCUUCAAUGCCUGUGACCCUGAAUAUGAGAAUGGUGAUGCCAUCUUGGUUUGAUAUCUAUGGAUUAAAUUUCAAUACAAGCGAAGAUGAAGUUGGGAUUAAAAGGGCUUCAGAGAACAUUAAGGCCUUAAUAGAUCAAGAAGUAAAAAAUGGGAUACCAUCUCAUAGGAUUCUUCUCGGUGGAUUUUCACAGGGUGGUGCACUGUCUCUCUACACUGCUCUGACGACUCACCAGAAACUUGCUGGAGUAGUGGCUCUGAGCUGUUGGUUACCUCUCCAUGACUCUUUCCCUCAGGCCUCUGCCAAUAGUGUGAACAGGGACAUGCAUGUGCUGCAGUGCCAUGGCAAUGCUGACCCUCUUGUUAAUUAUGCUUUUGGCAAAAUGACAGCGGAGAAGAUGAAAACCCUCAUCAACCCAGCCAACUACACCUUUAAUACCUAUCCAGAUCUUUCUCACAGCUCCUGUCCAAAAGAAAUGGCAGACAUAAAGCAUUUCAUAGAGAAGACACUUCCUCCCAUCGGAAAUGAAUGAAGAGGGUUGUGUGCACACACACACACACACACACCGUCAGAGCCCUUGACUGAGAACCUGUGGACCCAAGAACCCACUGAACAAUCGGACAGUGACACCACGCUUCUGCUAAUCAAACCGGAACGAAUACAGACUACAACUGCUCCUUCAGAAAGACAAGACUAUAAGUGAUGCUGCAGUCUGAAGCCUCACACGAUGUCAGACUCUGCUUGUCGAUUGUAUACGCCAUCAGAAGCCAUUACUUCCAGGGCAAAUGUAGGGCUUUGCUACUUGGGUAAACAACUAUUAAUAAAAGGUUAUUACUGAUUUUGUUAAUGUAGUGUGUGUAGUUAAAAUAUUUUAAAUAUCUCUGAACUUGGGGCUGAUUUCUUUUGCUUUUUGGGAAUAUUUAGGUAAUAGAAAAAACAGUUUUGCAAUGAACUGCUUGGGGUGGUCUGUAUAUGAAGCGUAUGUACUAUUUUUGCUUAAUCUUUAGAAUGUGUAAGCGUAAUGCCUUGAAUGCAACCUAAUAUGCAAGUUGUAAACAUAUCACAUGAAACAAGGAUACAAUUGUGCUUUAUUUGAUUUGUAAUAAUUAAAAUAACUAGUCCACAUAACUCCCUUUUUUAAAUACAUAAAUAUAUCAGUGGUCAUUAUUUCUCCCAUCUUCUGUUAAAUAAAUAUAAUCACUAAUAUCACAGUAAUGAAGUACACAGAUAAGACCUACUACAAAUCUGGGGAUCAGCUCCAGUAGUAAAAAGUGAUCUUUGAGAAGAGCUAAAAGCACCAAACGGGUAAAUUCAAAGUGGCACCGCUCAUAUUCAAGGUGCAGGAGAAGAUCUUAAUCCAAGGCACUUUCUCUUCUGUUACCUUUUAAAAGAAAACCAACUUUUUUCUACAAGAACUGGAUGCGCAUCAAGGCUCACAAAAUACCUAAAUGCAAAUGCAGUGCUCACAGACAGUACAUGCUCUCUCUCACUAAACAAGGUAGAAAAGUGCAAUGUCAAGCUCUAGGGAAUAUACAAAAAUAUAGAUAUGCUGUCCAACAAGUAACCAAUGCUGGAACAAGCAUUUUGUUCUUGUCUGCUCCAUGGAAAUUUGGUAAGCGAAUUGUGGGUAAAUAAACAGCAGUUACAGCUGACAAAGACCACUUUGAAAGAGUGUUCAUUUUCUCUGUCUUUCUUUAAAUAGCAGGACGAAGUUGGAUCCAGUUUCCCAGGCGAAGUGUGAGGUGAUGAGGGAUGGUCUACGGCUCUGGGGGCAUCUCCUCCAGGCUCUUGAGGAUGUCCGUGUACUCUGUGGAGUUGAUGAAGCGUGGAUACUGCCUGAAGCAGGAGCGCCCAGACGCACUCUUCAUUAGCUUCUCAAAUGACACCGACCAGGAGCGGGCGUCUUCUAGAGUGGGCUUGGGACUGUAAAGCAAACAGCGGACCCAAUUAUUUGGUCUUAUCUCAUUAUGUGAAGGUGAUCUUGUUUUAAAUUAUUUCAUUAGUAGCUACCAUACCUUUCCUCACAAUUGUUUGUUGCAUCUGUUUUACGCUCAAACCUCUGUAUUGUCUCAUCUUCACUUCUCACAGUCAGACUAGAAGAAAACGACAAACCUUUGAUCUUUGCUUCUUUUCCACUUUAAAAAUAGAAGCAGCAUGUUAUAAAUAGCAUUUAGAGUAUACUGUUUUUUAAACCGUCCCUGUUUGCAAUUCUUAUAUCUUCCUUGAAAAGGGGCUGUCUGUUAUGUGAGACAACUGUAGGUGUGUGAUUUUAUUCUUUAUAAAAACACAAUUAUACUUAUUGAAGCCUAAAGGGAGUGAGAACCAUACAUUGCUCAAGUGUGACAAUUGUCUACAGUGUCCAUUGAGAGUUCCUAUGUCUAAUUAAAAUGGUCCCAGUGCCUGAUGUAGCAGCUGCUUGUGAACUAAUUGGCUCAGGUGAGAGUCCACUCUGCACUGUCCCGUGUGGGAACAUGGCAGUUGUAGCUGUGUAACAAUUACACUUGUAUAGAUGUGGAGACAAAAUGUAUUACUUGGCCCCAGCGGGGUGUAACAUGGCUGUGCACUGCACACAACAGGCUGUCCUCAGAGGAAGUGUGAGUAAAUGGUUUAUGAUUCC